AUGUCACUUGCGAUUCCCACAUCACCCGCUCUCUUCCACCGCGCUGCUCUUCACUCAUCCUCUCUCCACAUUCACACACAUAUCACCACUGUCCACGCCACGACCGGAUAUUGUGACUCCGUUCGCGCUUUCGUCAACAGCAUCUGUCUCGACACUGUAUUCUGUGCACAAGCGCAGGGUAAGGUUGCGAAUAUGAACGCGAUGGAGACCUACCACGGGCACGUACGGACUCCUACGGACGCUAUCAUUCUGUUCGAAGCAUGCCGGAUCGGACUCCUGCCGCGUGUGCAACGUAGACUGUCGGAGAAGGAGCGACAAUCGAUCAAGUCGGGCUCAGUCUUCGUGUGGGACGAAAGGGAAGCUGGCAUGCGAAGAUGGACGGACGGAAAAUCAUGGAGCGCCAGUCGAGUGUCGGGCAGCUUUCUCACCUACCGUGAGAUGGAGGGCAAGCGGGGCGGCAACAACUACGACAAGAAUGCGAAUCGGGAUGGUGUGCCGGGAAGCGGCGAGAACGACUCCGACGGCGGACCUGACGGGUAUCGAUACAAGCCGGACGGGCUCAUGAAGCAGUCCUUCUCCAUCACGACGAAUAACGGACAACAUCUGCACCUGAUCAGCUACUUCUCGCGAUCUGCUGCUACGGCGUCUGGGCUCGUGCAGCCGAGCAACGACCCACAGUUGCGACACAUUCGUCCGGAGAAGGGCAUGUACCCGGAGUCGACGGUUCACGAACAAAGCACUAUCCCAGCUGUGACCCAAGGACCCAUGACAUCCCCUGGCUACACACAUGCGCCGAACCAGCCGCAGCAGUAUCACCGUCCACCGUAUGGUUACGGCCCACCCGGCUACCCUCCAAGUCCUAUGCACACCCCACCUCCACACCCUCAUCAGUAUUCUCCCUACUACCACCAUCCAUCUCACAACCCUUAUCCUGGUCAGUCGCCACUGCAGCACAUGCACUACCCGCCUCCACCUCCCGGAUACGGUGCGCCUGCUCAGAUGACUCCCUUCGACCGCCCGCCACCACCAAUGUCCAACAACGGUCUGCCACCACCGCCGCCGCAUCAAUACGGUGGGCACAUGCCUCCGCCUGGCUACCAAGGGUACCACGGCUAUCAGGGCGGCUAUGGUUAUCAGCCACCGCCAAUCCAGAAUGGACAGUACCCGCCACCACACCAGAGUGCACCACCGCCGUACGGCAACAAUGCACAGCAGCAGGCUCAGCAAGCACAACAGGUACAACAAGCCCAACAGGCACAGCAGGCACAACCAGCUCCGGCUCCGGCCCCAGUGCAAGCUCAAGCUCCAUCCCAAGCUCCACCGCAGGCGUCGGCGCCGGCACAGUCGACACCACAAGACGACAGCAUUCCGAAACAGGACGGCCGGCAAGACUCUCAUCGGAGCUCAAACGGCGGCGACGACUCACCGACCGCCGCCAGCCCCACCGAGCAGACACAGCCAAACGCUCAAGCUGCCGCCGGCGCGCAGCAGCCUACAGGCACAGCAGGACAGACCAUCCCAAGCAUCUCUGCCAUGCUCAACGCGGGCGAGAAUGGCCAGCCUCCACAGCGGACGAGCAGCAAAAGCCCGACCCGUACUGCAGCCAAGCCACUGCAGGACAUUCCCAGCCACAAGCUCGGGUUCGAGGGGACGCGUGACAUUCAGACGUUGCGCAACCUGGACAAGUCUACGUUCAAGUACUAA